CUUCAGACGAAACAUGGAGUCUCGCCGAUUUUGAUGUGUCGAGUAUGAGGAACGACAUCGAGUACCUGGAAAAAUAUACGGUUGCACCUUCACCUAGCAGAGAUUAUUACGGGCUUAAAGUUCUCCAUAACAAGGUGAUAUUAUAUAUUUGGAAGAUCUCACACGGUCCUCACAAAAUCCCACUCAUACGAACCUCCAAUUUUUCCGAUUUUGAACAAGACAAACAACUGCAAGAAGAAAUUCGACGAAAUUUCGGUAAAUAUUUACUGAAGCACGUGAGAAACAUCGCUUCAGGACGCAGAAAGACUCUUCUUACGUUGCCGAAGAUUCUGAUUGGAAGGUUGGUCAAAUAUCUGUCAGUGAAUGAUAUCGUGAAUUUGACAACAUUAUCACACGUGACUAAAGAGAUCUUCGAUGAUAAUUUCAUCUGGGAAAUAUUGUAUAAUAGAUACAUGCUACUAACAAACAAGAACGAUAAACUAUCCAGCAGUUGUGACUGGAAGCAAUUAUUUCAACAGGCACAAAUACAAGGACUAAUGAACGAGCACAAGGUAUCUCGGUCUCGUCAGCCAUCAAAACAGACGAAAACCAAUUCGAAGGUUGAAAACUUAUUGAAAGUUGCGAACGUACCUUUGAAAGGAACGUCGAGAUCCGUUCCGUCGACAAAUCAAGCAACGAAGAAAUCAUCUGAAGAUGUUUGGAGAGUAAUUCCAAAUUCUAUUACUAGAAAAGUAUCAGAUUUUCGCUUAGAAAGAUUAACGAUCGAGAACCAGAUCGUUGAUGAAAAGAGAGCACCGCCGACCAAAUCGCUUCAAACGAGUGGACAGAAGACAACGAAAAGAACGCAGAAUCAAUCGAAAGUAUUAACCAAGCCUGAAUCUAAUCGCGAAACUAAUGACAACAGAGCAUUUGUCGGUAAACUUACUACAGAGAAAUCUGACAGAAGACAAACCAGGGCACGCAGAACGAAUACCAAACACGAUAUGAAAUCGGUUAGCAGUAGCAGCGUUAGAACAAUGGUGGAGAGACCAGGCUUUGAUAAAGCGAAAGAUUUGACACAUGUAAACUCUACCAUAACUGAAAAAUCAACAUUAUGGUCGAUGCAAUCGCAUAGAUCGAAAGGAAAGAAGAAAACGAAGAAGAUCGGGCAGAGUAAAUCGAUGAGCUUGAGUACCAACAUGUCUCAGGUCGAUGAUCAAUUCGCGAUUAGGGACGAUAGUUUCAAUUUCGCCGAUUUAAUCGAUGCCAGUUUAAAAAGUAUUCGUAAUUCUAACAGCAUGUUGGAUUAUAAUUCUGUCUGCAUCGACAGACCAAAAUCAUGUGGCGGCGAUGGGAAAGAUGCGUCGAAGAAAACAAAGGAACUUCCGAGAGUAUUGAAAAGCGGUUGCGGCAGAAAGAUGCUCGAUCGGUUGUCUGAAAAAUCUGAACCUCUAACAGCUAAGUCGAUAUAUUCUGAUAUCUCUUCUUGGUCAGAUUUCUCGAGCAACUCGAAAACGUUAAAAGAGAAAGCGAAAAAUGAGACACAAUCGAAUAAAGUUCGAUCCAAAGCAGAGAUUGACGAAGAUAAAUUGGAUUGUUCCGAGCGAUACAAUCUUUGUAAUAAAAAAGCUGCACUAAAGAUAAAUUCUACUGAGCACAGAGCUGUAAAUUCUAAAAAGUUAUUGGACAAAAUGGCUGUGUUACGAUCGUUGGGAUCUAAUAGUACCUGUGGGAGAUCGUCUGAAAACAGCACUCUUACUAAUAUAAAUCGAUAUGAAUUUCGGAAGCCAGUAAACAGUAUGUAUAAACACUAA